AUGGGGUUUGAAAACCCAGCUGAGCAGGCCUAUAGACUACAACAGGCGCUUGCAACGAGCAUCUUACAACAACCAAUUGCCCAAUUGCAACAGCAAUCCUCAGCCCAUCUAACCAUACAGACCAUCGCAGAGCAACAACAGUUCUUGCCAGCACUCAGUCAACUAGUUGCGGCGAACCCUACCGCCUACUUGCAACAGCAGCUGCUUGCAUCCAACCCACUGGUUGUGGCGAACGCUGCUGCAUACCAGCAACAACAACAGUUGCAACAGUUCCUGCCAGCGCUCAGUCAACUAGCCGUGGUGAACCCUGCCUCCUACCUGCAACAACAACAGCUGCUUCCAUCCAACCCAUGA